CGACAAAUGCUUGCCGUGUGGGUUCCGACUACCAUUUCCAAAUUCACUCAACACGCUUAAGAAAAGCCAUAAUCCCUACCGAAAACCAAUCCCAACCUAACCGGGUCGACCCGUUACCUACCAAAUCGUAUUCUUCUCUUUCCUCUCCCCUUCCUUGAUACUUCCCUUAAAUUCAUUGUCUUACGUCCAAAUUCAAUCUUGAUAAUCUCGAGUUGAAUCAAAUUGCCUCUAGAAUCACAUACCUUCGAGUUGAUCAUUGAUCAAUCGUCUACUCUAAUCCUAACUUCUAAUUAACAGAAUAAAGCUAGGUUUCGCCGUUGUCUGUUGUAUAAGCAAAGAUGUUUUCGAAGAUAUUUGGGAAACCCAAGCAGGAAACUAAUGCUCUUGCGACUCUUGACAAAUUAAACGAGACUCUGGAGAUGCUUGAGAAGAAGGAGAAAGUGCUUCAGAAGAAGGCUUCUGCAGAGGUUGAGAAGGCCAAAGAUUUUACAAGAGCAAAGAACAAAAGAGCGGCAAUACAAUGUUUGAAGAGGAAGAGGCUCUAUGAACAACAAAUUGAGCAGCUUGGCAAUUUCCAGCUUCGCAUCCAUGAUCAGAUGAUAAUGCUAGAAGGUGCAAAAGCUACAACUGAAACUGUUGAUGCUUUGAGAACUGGAGCAUCCGCAAUGAAAGCAAUGCAGAAAGCAACGAAUAUUGAUGAUGUGGACAAGACAAUGGAUGAAAUAAAUGAACAGACUGAGAAUAUGAAACAAAUACAGGAGGCUUUGGCUACUCCAAUUGGUGCAGCAGCUGAUUUUGAUGAGGAUGAAUUGGAGGCAGAACUUGAAGAGUUGGAAGGUGCUGAAUUGGAAGAGCAGCUCCUUCAACCAGCAACUACUGCCCCUGCUGCACCAGUCCAUGUUCCUGUGGGGAGGCAACCUGCUCGGCCCAUUCCUCAGAGGCGUACAGCUGAGGAAGAUGAACUUGCUGCGUUGCAAGCAGAGAUGGCUCUUUGAGCUAGUCCCUCUUUUGUUUUAACCGAUAUUAUCACGGGUAGCUUACAUAUAUAGACUGGUUGUACGCACGCAUGAUACUACUGCAAUUGCUUUCACAUGCGAGAGACUACUGCAAUUGCUUUCACAUGCGAGAGACUACUGCAAUUGCUUUCACAUGUCUCAAUAUCUAUGUCGGUUAGUAGGGCUAUGUACAUAAUUGUGUUGCAGAAAAUGGUGAAUUCCAUGAACAUCAGAAUGUAUGGUUCAUGCUUAAGUGAAUCUUAUUUUCACUACAUGCCUUUUUUCUUUAACAAAAUUAAGAAUCUCCUUUGUCAUCUUGUACCAUCUCAGAAGGAUGAUUAUAUGAAAUGUCUUGUCUGCUUCUGCAAAUUGGUGAUUGAUUGGCUGGUGCA